AUGGAUUCGGUUGGAAUCGAGAACGUCGGGGGUGUUAAUUGCAAUGGCGUAAUUGGCAUCGACAGUGCAGUGCUCGGCCCUUUGUGGACGGACAUGGUCGAGACGCUGCCAGUUGAGUUUAGUUUAGCACAGGACGAGUACUCGUACUCGGUGCCAAAGCGACAGGAAAACACACACCACGUUCGAAUCCUCGGGGGGGAGGACCCUGGAACGCCCUUGAUCGCGACAGCCCAUUCGAGCAUUCUUGCAGGGGAGCGGAGCGGGGAGCCGUUGAAGCCCGGCAAGGUGCUUGGGACAAAAACCUGGGGUUUCCCGAGGCUCUGGCGAUGCCCGUUACAUGAGCUGUACUACGGCGGCUGCUUGCCUGGCGCUGCGGUUGGGCUGCACUACUAG